AAGUUGACUGUCUCGAGUCGAGACUCGGUUUUCGAUCCUUGAUGCCUUUGAGAAUCCAGGAUCGAUUUUCUUCUUUUGCGAGGCUCGAGUUUUGAGGAAAGGAUUUUGUGGUUAGAAACUGCUAGCGUUGGUAUGCUGCUCUUUGUCACUCCCAGCAAUGACGUUACUUAGUGGACAAGUUUGGUAUUUUCUUGUUGCAUGGGUGGGUCAUUAUUUUACGACAGUAGGGGUUGCUAAUACUUUAGGUCUCAUACUCAGAGAUAGAGUUCCUCCACCCAGUUUUGAAGAAAUUUGGGAAAUAUACUUACAUCACUUGCUUACUCCUCUUAAGGGGUUUCAUGGCUCUACUGGUAACACAGUGGUUUACAGAGCUUUUGAGUGGAAAUUCCUUGCGAAGAAGAUCAGAAUCUAUGUACUUGGCUGGUAUAUCUGGCCAUGUAUGAGGAUAGAACUAUAUCACACAGGUUGUGUAAACAGUCUUGACUUCAGUCUAAAAGAAGCUAAGAGGGGAGGUUACACAGCAUCUAGUUUUAUGGGACCCGGUUUUGAUCCCUGGCGUGCUAGCAUCAUCAGUUCAAGCAAACAGCACGGUUGGUGCGCAGAUGAUAGCAAAACUCAGUAUUUACAAAUUGAUUUGGGAACUCUUCAUCAUGUCACUGGAGUUGCAACUUGGGGAAUUACCGCGGGUAUUGUGGAAGAGGAUGCCUGGGUAGAGAAAUACAGAAUUCAGUACAGUGUUCUUGGAGACGCCUGGACUGAUCACACGGAACAGGACGUCAACAAGGUAUCACGAAUAUGUUUUUUCCAGUUUUAUCGCUUGCAUUACCCAGUUGAAACGUGUCAUAAGACGUAUUGCUGCAUUUGUUUAAAUUAGUGGCAAACUGAAUAUGACAAGAAUUUAUAUCACCUAACAGAAUGUUUGUCAGUACAUCUCUUUUCAAGAUAAUAACAACUAUUUUCAAGG